AUGGAGUCUAAAGAGAGUAUUGAACUUCUGAAGAAUUCUGCUGAGAGGAAGGAAGGAGUGGGCUCUGCAUGGUUGCAGAGGAGGCUGGAAACUCCUUCGACGCCUGGCCGGCCAGUCUUCAGCUUCAGCACAGGAAACCUUUAUAGGAAGAGCUUUCCUUCUAAGUGGGAUAAUGCAGAGAAGUGGUUGAUGAGUAGCUCCUGCCAUGAAUCUCCUGCGCAUGGAAUCAAACCUUGGGAAUCAUCAGACUCUUCCAAACCAAAUGAAGCUCCCCGACAGAAAGCUCAAGCUUUUGAGGCCUUUGCAAAGAAGCAAAACCUUACUCAGACACAUACAGCUCUUAAUCGUAUCUCCACAGAAGCUCUCUUGAAAGAUAAAUUCACAGAUAGCGCAGAACCUGUCUUAUCUAACUUCCUAUGUCCUGAGACAAGCAAAGAAGAUUUUUUUCUGAAGGAUUCUCACUUUGAAUCCUCGAAAAAGACUGAAACUUCAGUUUCAAAGCUUUAUAGUAGAGAUGUUGGGACUGAGAUAACUCCGCUUUGCAGUUUGAACACUUCGAGUUGCCACACUCCCAUCAAGAGUUCUUCUCCAGCUAGGCAUAAUACUCCUGCUGACAGGUCUGGACCUUUGGUGGCUUCCAGUACUAAAAUAAACAUUUCUGAACUCCAUAACUUCAAUUUUGCGAAGCUUGAGUUCAGUGCUCAGUAUGAUUCUACGGUCUGCAGCUGGAACUCAAGGGAAGAAGAGGAAGAAGAGGUUUCAAAGAGUUUAAGACACUGUGAAAUGAAUGAUGGAAGGAAGAGCAUUGCAGACUCCAGAGCUUCACUAUGGGAAGCUGAGGAGAGAGCCAAGAGCUGCAUUAGGUAUCAAAGAGAAGAAGCAAAGAUUCAAGCUUGGGUUAACCUUCAGACUGCCAAGACUGAAGAAAAGUCUAAAAAACUUGAGGUGAAGAUUCAGAACAUGAGAUCAAACUUGGAAGAGAAGCUGAUGAAGAGAAUGGCUGUUGUUCACAGGAGAUCUGAAGAGUGGAGAGCUGAAGCACUGCUACAGCACUCACAGCAGCUUUUAAAAGCAGCAGAACAAGCUCAGAAGAUGAGAAGAAGCCAGCAAAGCUCUUACUUGGGAGAUCAAAAUGCUUCAUGUGGUUGCUUCCCAAAGCAACAGUAA